AAAAUUUAAGCCCGAAAUAUUUAAUAGGAAUACUUUAUUAUAAGUCGAGGUGUUCAACUGAAUAGACCUUAAUUCAUGUCAAAUUUGGAAAAAAACAAUCAAUGAUGUCAAUUCGUUGAAAGGAGCACGAUCAAGCCAAAGAUUGUUGGAUGGGUUCGUUCUACGUUUACUUCAUGUUGGCACUGCUAUUUGCUAAUUUCUUUCAAAAUUCAUGCGUUCUGCAUACUAGUACUACUACAAGUGAGCUUUUAACAAGAGAACUUUUGGAAUCGGCGAAGCAGCCGGAGUUCUUCGAUUGGUUGAGGAGGAUCCGUAGGAGAAUACAUGAGUACCCAGAAUUGGCUUUUCAAGAGCACCAAACGAGUCAACUCAUUAAAAAUGAGCUGGACUGGCUCGGCGUCAAGUAUUUGUGGCCCGUAGCUAAAACUGGUUUGGUUGGAACCAUUGGGUCUGGAUCUCAACCUUGGUUCGGUUUAAGAGCUGAUAUGGAUGCUCUUCCUAUUCAGGAAUUGGUAGAGUGGGAGCACAAAAGCAAGAUCGAUGGCAAAAUGCAUGCCUGUGGCCAUGAUGUUCACGUCGCCAUGCUGCUUGGAGCAGCGAGAUUGCUUCAAAACAGAACAGAUAAGUUGAAGGGCACUGUGAAGCUUGUCUUCCAACCAGCAGAAGAAGGCUACGGUGGUGCCUCCUAUAUGUUAGAAGGAGGGGCACUAAACAGGUUUCAAGCAAUAUUUGGCUUGCAUGUCUCACCAUUUAUGCCCGUUGGUACUAUCAGUUCUCGACCUGGUCCUAUCAUGGCUGGCUCAGGCAGGUUCAAAGCAACGAUACAAGGGAAAGGUGGACAUGCAGCAACCCCACAUAAAACUAGAGACCCAAUCCUAGCUACUUCUAUGGCAGUUCUUGCACUACAACAACUUGUUUCCCGAGAAACUGAUCCUCUGGAGCCUAGAGUUGUCUCUAUUGGAUUUGUAGACGGUGGUCAAGCAGGAAAUGUUAUCCCUGCAAGUGUAGAUUUAGGUGGAACAUUUCGGUUCAUGACAUCAGAAGGUUAUUCCUAUCUUCAGCGGAGGAUCAAAGAGGUGAUAGAGACUCAAGCAGCUGUACAUCUGUGUUCGGCUACUGUCAAUUUCAUGGAGGAACUGAGGCCAUAUCCACCAACUCUAAAUGAUCCCAAAUUGUAUGAGCAUGUCAGAAAAGUUGGACAAGUCUUGCUUGGUGAGCAAAAUGUGCUGCUUGAUCCUAUUUCAAUGGGCGCAGAGGACUUCAGCUUCUAUUCCCAGAAAAUGGCAGCUGCAUUCUUUAGCAUUGGGACGCAAAAUAAAACUAUCACAUCUGCUAUUAUAGAUAUACACUCCCCCUACUUCACUGUCAAUGAAGAGGUUCUUCCUUUUGGAGCAGCUCUUCAUGCUGCUGUCGCCAUCUCUUACUUUGAUACACAUGCAUUGACGCAACAAGAAGCAUAGACAUAUUGUUCUUGAGCAAUAAUCUCGCGUGUAAAUAAACUUCUUUGUUAGUAGAAAAACAUCUAUGAGAGGGAUCUUGUUUAUCAGGAAUCAGGCUUAUAUGCUUCAAGAAACAUUUCAAUAAGACAGAUUUUGGAUUGUUUUUACAUGGUAAAAUUAAACUACUACUUGCAAAUGA